CUUCCUUAGGAAAGGCUAAGAAUACCUAGUAGAUCUCAAAGGAUGGUAUGAAGAGUCAGGUAAUUCCUAUGUUGAUCAUGGAUCAAAGAGUGGCUAUGGGUAGGAUCUAUAAGAAGGAAUUCCUACUCUUUUCUAGUGAUCUAACUAAUCCCACCACUUCCUUAUUUUCUAACUAAGAGACUUAUGUUCGGCUUCUUUGUUCAGAUAGAGCUAAGGCAUGGCAUGGACUAAUAAAGCAAGAAGAGAAGUACAAUGCCUAAGAUCUAGAAUAGAGAGAAUCUGUGGAAUGCUUUGAAUAUACAAUAGACCCAAGGUAGCAGCUUACUAUAUCCAUUUAACUUCUAGAGAGUCUAGGUUUCUAAUUAUAGGCUACGUUAGAGGGUGGAGUAGAGGAUUGACCAACCCCACUAAGAGAGUUUGACAAGUGAUCCCAGGAUGCAAACUUCCCUAUCUUACUUUCAAUACCUUGUAUCCUAUCGUUUAUCUUCUUUGCUAGAAGGUUCCAUUCAACUGUAAAAGCAUGUGCAUCUACUACCCUGUCCCUGACAAGAGGUUCAAGAAGGGUCCAAUGGCUUUAUUCUUUUAUCUUUGACUUCGCUGCACUCACGACUUAAGAGUCUUCCACAGUGCUAGCACUAGGCACCUCUAAUUAGGAUAUAUACAGACAAGGUACGUGAUACUUGUUUACAGGGACUUUAGACACUUGAUCUCAACAGAGAAGUCUUUCUUUCACACCACUUUUCACGUAUAUAAUGACUCAGUAAACUCGUUCAAUCUUAAAUAUGAAACUUGGAAAGAGUCCAUAUAUAAAUCAACAAUGCUAGAACUAAUUAGAGUAGUUUAAAGUAAAGUAAAAUAGUACAAUUCCUUUAGAGCAUCCGCAAGUGGAGUGUAAAGAAGAAUGAAUAGAUGGGAGAUCGAUCCUUACUUACUGGUUGGUGAUAGGACUGACUCAAUGGAGUGAAUGGAUAGACGAGUUUUCAUUUGUUGGUUGAAUGGCAGAGUUCUCAAGAUCCCUCUCCUCUUAUAGAUACGACCUGCUAACCUUAAUCUUUUAAGAGAACCCUCUUAAUAAACCCUAUAAAUAACUGGGAGAGGGUAUAUCCUACAUCUUUCUUCAAAGAGUGCCCCUAGCAGGGAUCCAUGUAAAAGAGGGUUCCGUUCGGAUAGACACGGCAGUUGAUACACUACUAGAGUAAGGUUUCCCCCUUUGAUUGAGAUAGAAUUUAUAGAUCCGUUGUCUAGUAGCGUGACGCACUAUGAUCGGCAUCAAAUGCAGGACUAGAACCCCACUUCUUUUAGAAACUCAUUUCGUCGCUCUUGGGCUCUCGCUUUCAGUAAAAUGAACCUUGGUAUUUCAUUUGCUGUUCAAGAAUACGCUGUGGCACUUUCUGAUUUUCUAGAAUCAGUUCUUUUCGCAAUUGAAUUUGAAGGAACUGCACAUUCACAAUGGCAAGAGGAAGACAUUUCAAGAAUGGGUUGACUUCAAUUUGGCAAAUGAGUUAGGGACCAAGGUCUAUAGACUGGCGCCUUCUAUUUGCAGUAGCCGUCCAUACUAGAUGGGCUUGGAGAAAUAAGGCGGAACAUGAGCCCAGUUGGACCAGGCCGUCCAAGCCCACUUUGGAAAUCAUGAGAAGGGCGAACGAAGCCCAUAGCGCCAAUCAGAAGCAAAUAUCUAACCACAGCAAAGAAAAAGUUCUGGUCCACCCCCACAUGAUGAUUGGGUUAAAAUCCAUCUUGAUGGAUCUGUUAGUGGCAACCCUAGUCCAGCUGGAGCCGGGUUUCAUUUAUUGAAUUAAAAGACGGAAAUCCAAUAUCAAUAAUAGACUCAGCUGAACCUUGUAUUGUCAAACUCGUCUGAUGGUAACGGUCCACUUUUGCUGAUAUUAUUAUAAAUAAGGUGGGGUUCGGGGGGGCUCUCCCCCCUGAAACCAAUCGUCAUGGCUUAUAGUAGAGUAGAUUUUAGCAUGCAAAAUCGGAUUGUAUGUGAGCUUCCUUUGAGGAGAAGGCAAUUGUCUUUGUAGACUACCCCAUUCAGCCUUAACGCACCAAUGGCUAAGAAGGCCGGUCGUAGAUCAGGGGACUCAUUGUACUGGUUACUGCUAUAGCUAGUGCUAGUGCUGUACUGACUUACUGUACUGGUGCUAGUGGACUUACAGAGCUGUAAAGAGUACUAUCUUGACUGGUAAAAAGAAAGCGUCUGAUCAGAUCUAUCAAGAGAUAGUGGUUCGCCCUCACUUCGAUCGUCUAAGCAAGGACUAGGCUGUCGAGUGAGGAUUGGCCGAUGGGAGUUUCAUCGGUACAAAUAGGCCGGUUAAAGACGAGUAGGCAGGGUACGACGAAGCCCGCGGGGUGACACAUGGUUGUACUGGUCAGCUUUGGGCUGGAGAUCACCGAUUGACUGAGCGUGCUUUGGCAGCUCGUGGUGGAGUACUCUCUGACGGAUUCGCUCUAUUUCCUAUUCUUGAGGGAGUGAUCGAGAUUAAGCCGCGUGGCGAAAAACAAAGGACUAUUCGCUCUUUGGGGUGGGCCUUUCGUACUCAAAUCCGAACGGGGAAAGGACAAUUAUUCAGCGCACUCAAAUCUAGUGGAUCUGGUUCACUAUUCAUGAAAAGCCAGGGUUGAAAUGUUAGGGUCAAGAAUUCUUACUAAUAAUAAGAAAGGGUUAAGUAAGGGCCUCCAACGCCUAUAAAUAGAAGCUUCUUUCUCUAUUUGGCAAAGAGAGACGUAGAAGUCAGAAAGAAAGACUUUCAGUAACACUUAUUCCAACAACACUCUUAUGGAUAUCGCUGGAAGACUUGCAACAAUUCAGCAAGAAAUAGGUCAGGUGGAAAACGAGAAACUCCAACGAGAGCAAAUGCUUGGUCUCUUCUGGGAACACAUGCCGGCGAUCGAUCCAAGUCUCAUACGAGGACGUAUGCUGGCUAUACAGAAUCAAAUCCAAGCCCUCGAAAACCGAAAGAGGGCCCUCCUUCUCGAACAGCAGGAGCUUCUUGUUCAGGCUGCCACACGUGAUCCCCCGAAAGAUUAAAAGAAAUGAGCAUUAGCUCUUUCUAAAUAAAAUAAGGAGUCCGUCGACCAAAAGUAGUGUGUGUUCCAGGGCUUUCUAUCUACUCCUAUCCAAAGUAGAUUGCUUUUAUUUGGUGUGUUUGCAUGUAUGGUAUGGGAAAACCCCUAGUGUAAAAUGUUUACUACUGUUAGCUAUGCUAAUAUAAUAAUU